UUUUGGUCUUAGCGGGUUCCGAAAUGACGUGCUGUGUGCGGUUUGACCAACACAAUCUUCGGUUCAAUCAGAAUGUGACACCACCGCUCUCUUUCUUUUAUUUAUUCAUCAUCAUGGCGCGUUUCCGCAUUCCAGUGUUCAUUGUAACACUUUUGGUCUUGCUUUCCACUGUCUCUUAUGUCUCUGCCAAGAAGGGUCCUCUUGUGACCAACAAAGUGUACUUUGACAUUAAGCAAGGCGAUGAAGACUUGGGUCGCAUCGUGAUUGGCUUAUACGGCAAGACUGUUCCCAAGACAGCUGAAAACUUUAGAGCAUUGGCUACGGGUGAAAAGGGUUUCGGAUAUAAGGGUUCCAGUUUCCACCGCGUCAUCAAGAACUUUAUGAUCCAGGGUGGUGACUUCACCAACGGCGAUGGCACUGGUGGCAAGUCUAUCUAUGAAACUGCCAAGUUCCCUGAUGAAAACUUCAAGUUGCAACACACGGGCCCCGGCGUGCUUUCGAUGGCAAACAGUGGAAAGAACACAAACGGUUCGCAAUUCUUCAUUACCACCGUCAAGACCUCCUGGUUGGAUAACCGUCACGUCGUCUUUGGCAUGGUGGUGGAGGGUAUGGAUGUGGUCAGCAAGAUUGAAAACACAAAGACCAACCGUCGUGAUAAGCCUGAUGUGGAUAUUGUCAUUGCCGAUUCGGGUGAAUUACCCAUCGAGAAUAUCGAGCACGCUGAAUUGUAGAAAGUAUAUAAAUUUUUCUAUAUAUAAAUCGCU